AUGACCGAAAAGCUGCAGCCACUGUCGACGCAGACCGCGACUCCUAGUCAGACCCUCUUCGCUCCGAGCGUGCCCGUCUCCACCCAUAAUGUUCCGCGAAAGGUUGAGACGGUAGAGGAAGAAGAGCCGUACACGAUCAAGUGUAUCUGCAACUUCUCUGAUGAUGAUGGAAACACGAUCUACUGCGACACGUGCGACACAUGGCAGCACAUCGACUGCUUCUACCCGGACAGUCGCGAGGAGGCUCUCCGCGAGGAUUUCGCCCACUCUUGCGCUGACUGCAAACCGCGCCCGCUGGAUCGUCAAAAGGCCAUUGAGCGUACCCGUCGACUCAAGAAUGGCGGCACUACGGAAGGUGCCCCCGAUAAGAAGGUCAAACGCCCGCCAUCCAAGAGCCACAAGAAGAAACCAAAACCAACGGAUUUACAAUUGAAUGGCCAUCCUAUGGGCCAAGAGAACGCAAAGCAUGGGAGUCCGAGCGAUCAUCCUCACCCGGCCAAAAAGGCGAAAACAUCUCACCGGCCGUCCCACUCGAUAAGUUCACAGAGUGCGAAGAGGAGCCCUUCCUACGGGAACGGCCGCUCUCAGCCAAACGGGCACCCUCCAAGCCCUGCCACGACUCCUCCGGACCUUCCGAGCGAUUUCCAAAUACACAACUACUCUGACGGCUUCCUCUCUAUGAGCAAGGAAGCAGACGUGCCCAUCACACAAAUCAAUUCAUUUGCCAGUCUUUUGGUCUCAAACACCCUUUCUGUUUGGGUCCGCGAACCACUUCGUCUGAGGAAAGACACUGGCGGAGAACUCAAUGAUGUGUUUGCCAAACUUCCCAAAGAUAUCGACGCUCAGAAGCGCCAGCUGCACGUCGAAAGCAAGAAACUACCCCUUACUUCUGACACAGUGCUUCGGUGGCAGUACCUUGCAACCCCCACUGCCAUUGAGAAAGACGUGCCUCUGAUUGAGCUCAACGGCGUCAUUGGCUUUCAGAAGGACUACUGCGACGACCCCGACAACCUAUGGGAAGAACUCUCAUCGCCGCUCCCUUUCGUUUUCUUCCACCCGAUGCUGCCGCUAUACAUCGACACGAGGAAAGAAGGUUCUCUCGCCCGCUUCGCCCGGAGGAGUUGCAAGCCCAAUGCCGUUCUCGACACCUAUCUCUCUGGCCAAUCCGAAUACCAUUUUUGGCUUGUGAGCGAUCGGCACAUUGCUGCAAAUGAGCAGAUUACGCUUCCAUGGGAGUUUAGGCUACCCAAGAAGUUCCAGGCCCGUAUGCAUCACCUCCUAGGGGUGGCCGACGACGAUUCUCAAGCCCAGAACGAGUCUGAAAUGGACGACGCAGAAUACCAAACGCUAUCCGGCUGGAUUCAUCGGAUAUUAUCCGAACAUGGCGGCUGCGCGUGCGACUUGGGUGCCAACUGUGCCUUCGCUCGUUUCCACAGACAAUACCAAGCGAAGAUGCAGUCUCGUCCUGCCGUCAAGAAGAAGCCGCGGAAACCCAAAACCCACACCAUUUCUCCCACCAGCACCGGCCAGGCCACCAACAGCCGGGCAGCUAGCGAAGGCCACCAUGAUGACCCCGACAAUGAUGCUCGAUCGGUAUCGGAACGCAGCAAGCCCCCCAGUCGCGAUCGCACGCCGUUACGUCAAGGUUCCCUUGACCGACCCGGCAUUCUUACUGAACCUACAGACAGGGACAAACGAAAAGUUCAAAUGGUCGAAGACUCUUUUCGACGCAUGGAGCAGCAACAGCCGCCGCGCAAGAAGAAACGCACUUCCGACGGUACCGGGUCCAAGACGAAGCAACGAAACUCGACCAGCAACGCGUCUACUGGCACUUCCAAUUACGUUGACGCGAGCACAUCAAGAAGCAAGUCGAAUUCUCCCUCCAACGGCGUCUCGCCAACAGGGCAGAAUCCCUUCAAGGCCCCGACGCAUCAGAAUGGCUCUGUUGCAACGCAGUCUAGACGGGACUCCUCUGGACCUCGUCCUGUGUACUGCGAUGCUUCUGUGCAAACCGACCCAGUCGAGGGUGAAUGGUAUAGCGAGCCUGUUCAGACCCCGAGGCCACGUCGUCGGAUCAUCUCCCUGUCUCAACGACUCCUCAACAACCGUCAUCGACUACGCUGCGACGAGGUUGAGAGGCGCAAGUCACUUCCAUCGCCUUCAGCACAGGAACCGACGCCUAUGGACGUGGACCUUCCGGCUGAUCACAAACCUGUGAUGGGCUCCCCGACGCCAUCCAAGGAAUUGACUAACGGACAAAUCACAUCGCCCGUUGUGGUAGCAGUCGAAGACGUGGCUAUGGCAGACGCCCCAACGAGUUCACCAAGCACUCUCAAGUCCCCCGUGCAGACUGAUACUCCCAUGGACACGCAGCUCAACAGUGCCAAGAGUCCUUCGAAGACUAAAUCACCAGAACUGCGGGUACAGAUGCCUCCCGUCCCCACUUUCAACGGCCCCGUCUUUGGAACCCCAAACACGACAACGCCAUCCCCCUUGUCGACAGGCAAUCUUCCUAGUCCGUUCGCACCAUCUGCCGUCAAUGGCGUCGCAGCGCAUCCGAGUCCUGUCAAGAAGAAGCUGAGCCUCAGCGACUAUACCAAAAGCAGGAUGAACAAGGCCAAGAGCACUGGCGGACUCAAGACACCGCUUUCAGGUACUGAGGAGUCGAAGCCGGCACUCGAUGUGAUUAUGGAUUCACCGGUCGUGGAGAAGAGCACAGAUGUCUUGACACCCGUCACGGGCAAUACGGGCAACUCGAUUCCCGCUGCCGCGGCAACAAACACUUCCUUGUAA